UGCCUGCCCAGUCUCCUCCUGGCCUCUCCACAGUGCUGGCCUCCACCCCGACCUCAGCCAGACAUGUCCAGCCUCCAGGUCCUGUGCUCCGGCCUUCCCCUGCGACCCCUUCCAGAGAACCGGGGUCGCUGGCCUGGGGUGCCCCAUGCCCCUGUCCGGACCCCUGGCCUCAGUCCGGCAGAAGAGCGGCUGGCCCUGAGGAACGCCCUGCGAUACUUCCCACCUGACGUCCAGAGGCUGCUGGCCGCUGAGUUUGCCCAGGAGCUUCGGCUGUACGGGCACAUCUACAUGUACCGGUUCUGCCCCACCAUUGAAAUGAGGGCCUACCCCAUCCAGCAGUACCCCUGUCGGACGAGAGCGGCCGCGGCCAUCAUGCACAUGAUCAUGAACAACCUGGACCCCGCGGUGGCUCAGUUUCCACAGGAGCUGGUGACGUACGGAGGGAAUGGACAGGUCUUCAGCAACUGGGCUCAGUUCUGGCUGACCAUGUCCUACUUGUCAAAGAUGACAGAGGAGCAGACGCUGGUCAUGUACAGCGGACAUCCACUGGGCCUCUUCCCCAGCAGCCCUGGUGCCCCCCGGCUGAUCAUCACCAACGGAAUGGUCAUUCCCAACUAUUCCUCCAGGACAGAGUAUGAGAAGCUCUUUGCCCUGGGGGUUACUAUGUACGGCCAGAUGACGGCAGGCAGCUACUGCUACAUCGGUCCCCAGGGAAUCGUCCACGGCACGGUGCUGACCAUCCUGAACGCCGGACGUCGGUACCUGGGCAUCGAGAACCUGGCCGGCAAGGUCUUCGUCACCUCCGGGCUGGGCGGGAUGAGUGGGGCUCAGGCCAAGGCUGCUGUCAUCGUGGGCUGCAUUGCGGUGAUCGCAGAGGUUGAUAAAGCAGCUCUUGUCAAACGCCACCAGCAAGGCUGGCUGAUGGAGGUGACUGACAGCUUGGAUCACUGCAUUGAGAGGCUCAGAGAAGCAAGAAAAAAGAAGGAGGUGCUCAGCCUCGGUUACCAUGGCAACGUGGUGGACCUUUGGGAGCGUCUGGUGCAUGAACUGGACACGACCGGGGAGCUCUUGGUGGACCUUGGCUCAGACCAGACAUCUUGCCACAACCCCUUCAAUGGCGGCUACUACCCCGUUCAGCUCGGCUUCACGGAGGCCCAGAGCCUCCUGGCCUCCAACCCUGCUGAGUUCAAAGACUUGGUCCAAGAGAGCCUGAGGAGGCACGUCUCGGCCAUCAACAGGCUGGCCAAGGAGAACUUCUUCUUUUGGGACUAUGGCAACGCUUUCCUCUUAGAGGCGCAGAGAGCAGGAGCAGACGUGGAGAAGAAAAGUGCCAAUAAGACAGAAUUUCGUUACCCCUCCUAUGUCCAGCACAUUAUGGGGGACAUAUUCUCCCAGGGAUUUGGGCCUUUCCGCUGGGUAUGCACGUCGGGGGACCCCCAGGACCUGGCCGUCACAGACCAGCUGGCCACAUCUGUGCUGGAGAACGCAAUUGCGGAAGGAGUAAAGACGUCUGUGAAGCUACAGUAUAUGGACAAUGUCCGCUGGAUCCGUGAGGCUGCCAAGCACCAGCUGGUGGUGGGCUCCCAGGCAAGGAUCCUGUACUCGGACCAGAAGGGUCGCGUGGCCAUCGCCGUUGCCAUUAACCAGGCCAUCGCCAGCGGGAAGGUCAAGGCACCCGUAGUUUUGAGCCGAGACCACCACGACGUCAGUGGAACCGACAGCCCAUUUCGGGAGACCUCCAACAUUUAUGAUGGCUCUGCCUUCUGUGCAGACAUGGCUGUGCAGAAUUUCGUGGGAGAUGCCUGCCGUGGAGCCACCUGGGUCGCGCUUCACAAUGGAGGGGGCGUGGGCUGGGGAGAGGUGAUCAACGGGGGUUUUGGCCUCCUGCUGGAUGGGACCCCAGAGGCGGAGCAGAGAGCCAGAAUGAUGCUCAGCUGGGACGUCUCCAAUGGCGUGGCCCGGCGCUGCUGGUCCGGGAACCCAAAGGCCUACGAGAUCAUCUGUCAGACGAUGCAGGAGAACAGCGGCCUGGAGGUGACCCUGCCCCACCAGGUGGCAGAGGAAGGCAUCCUGCAGCAGGCCCUGCGGCCCUGAGAGGGGGCCCGGGACCAGCCUCCGUCCUCCCCCCACCCCGCUGCAGCUUCCCCUGGGCCACAAGGCUGGCGGGACCCCGCAGUGUCCCGGAUGGGAGCACCACGACCGUCUUCACACAGCCAGCCAGCCAAGGCCCAGAGAGGUGUAGCCAUUUGUCCGGGACCACACAGCCUGACCCAGGGAGCACAGGGAACAGCAUGCUCAGGGUCAUGGAACGGACACCAGCUCUGGACACGCUCCCUACGCACACUGACCACGCUGGUCACCUACCAGGUCCUUCGGAAGGCCCCAGUUUUAUCAGGUGGCUUGGCCUCCUGUCCAUGCGCCACCCCCACACCCUCUCCUCUCUCUCUCUCUCUGUCGUCCGUCUGUCUGCCAGCACUUCUGGCCCCUCCGUGCCCCAGGCUUGGGGACGCAAAGGAGGAGCCUCUGGAGAAAGAUGAGAAAUAAAGGAGAAGACAGGACUCUGUACAGCUGGCAGUGUGGCCUGGUGGGACUGAGCAGCGGGCGUCCCCUCAGGGAAACCCACCCAUUUCUCCAGGGGGAAGGAGAGGCUGGGGUCCCCCAGUGGCCUACACUGCGGGGAAACGCAGCCUGACCACUUCCAACAGAGAGGUCCCCAAGAGCUCUGUUCGGGACCUGUGUGUCCGGCAGGAAAUGUGUGGGUCCCUGAGACUGAAACUCUGCACCCCUUCCCCAGACUCCAUGACCCACCCACGGCUGGACCCACCAAGGCCAGGGGGUUCUGUAGCCA